GCGGUGGGAGGGGGGUAGGAUUUAAUUCUUCUUAGCUGUCAUACUUUAAUGGGGAUGGAAAAUGUGAAUUUUCUGUGCAUUCCAGGAACAAUUCCUUGGGGUGGUGACCUUUAGCACCGAUUCUCUGAAGACAGGAAAGUAGUCGAGUGUUUAUCUGGAUGACUGAAAGCUUUCCCUGGUGGAAGUUUAUGGAAGUGUUAAAAGGGGCGGAUAACACGGGCUUUGGAGGCGCUUGUCCAAUGAUCUGGAGGGGCUUGGAGAGCAGAUCUCAGCUGGCAGACAUUUAAAUGGGAGACAGCUCGGCGCUGCUGCAAUUUGUAGGCAGGAUCCGACACACUCUCUCUCUAUGGACUCCCGGGCAGCUUCGGGCUCCCACGCCACCCGCUCCGCCGAGUGACCCACCGGGAAGAGCCCCGCAGAGCCCCAGGCCGCACCGAGGAGCCGCCGAGCCGAGCCGAGCCCCGCCGAGGAGCCGCCUCCGCGCAGGAUGGUCCGCACACUGUAUGCCAUCGGUGCCUUGCUUCUUCUGAUGGGAUUUCUGCUACCAGCAGCCGAAGGGAGAAAGAGGAAUCGUGGAUCUCAAGGUGCUAUCCCUCCUCCUGUCAAGGAUCAGCCCAAUGAUUCAGAGCAAAUGCAGACACAGCAGCAGUCAGGCUCCAGGCACCGGGAGCGAGGGAAAGGCACCUCGAUGCCUGCUGAGGAGGUGCUGGAGUCUAGUCAGGAGGCAUUGCACAUCACUGAGCGCAAGUACCUAAAGCGGGACUGGUGUAAAACCCAACCCCUCAAACAAACUAUCCAUGAAGAAGGCUGCAACAGUCGUACCAUUAUCAACAGGUUCUGCUAUGGCCAGUGCAAUUCUUUCUAUAUCCCCAGGCAUGUCCGCAAAGAAGAAGGCUCCUUCCAGUCUUGUUCCUUCUGCAAGCCCAAGAAAUUCACCACCAUGACUGUUACACUCAAUUGCCCUGAGCUUCAGCCCCCAAGAAAGAAGAAAAGAAUCACCCGAGUUAAGGAGUGCCGGUGUAUAUCUAUUGACUUGGACUAAACUGAGAAAAAGUAGCAAUUGCACUCUUGACUGUACGCAAUCACUGCCAGCGUGAGAGUGAGUGGCAAGAUCUAGCCCACCUUCAAGGCUGGGCACAACUGAAAGGGACCUAGUGAAUUACCUAAAACCAGCAAAACCCCCCAAAAAGAGAGAAAACAUUCAUGUAAGGAAAGGGCAUGCAUGUGUGUGUGUGUGUGUGUGUAUGUAAGGGGAAAAAUGGAUAUGGAUGAGCAAAUGCAUGAAUGUUUGCGACAAAAAAAAAAAAAAAGGAACAGGGGUAUAAGACGUUAAAAAAACCUUUAAUUACCCAUAGUCAUGAAUUAGGUUCUCUAAUUCAUGUGUAUAUUCACAUUUUUGCCGCUUGCUGGGGAAGUGGAGCUGUGGCUUUUGCGAAUGUUCACCUUUGUGCUAUUUGCUUUUACUGUAUUACGUGAAACAUCAAAGUGAGAGGACAAUAUAUUUCAAAGCAUGAAUCUGUUCUUAUAUAAGAAAUAGACAAAGAGCAAUAACAAAGUGUAGCACAGCCAUCACUGAAAACAGAAGCUCCGUCAAGAGUUUGUAACACACUUCUUCAAAAAAAAUCGCAGUAAUCCAAAAGCUGUGUCUGGAGAACAAUGGGGGGAUGUGGGAGUGCUGAAAAGUCAGUAUAGGUGGAUGGGGAACAUCUACAGCAUCUUAGAAAGCAAAAGGUCAAAGCAAGUUGACAGAGAGAGUACAAAAGGGAGUAGAGAAAGGGAAGAUACACAAAUAGGAAAACACAGAGGAAGAGAUAUUGUCUUCUGUUUACGUUUUGCUUUAAUUUAUAUACCUAGUCAUAUAUUACAUAAAUUAAAAAGAAACUAUAUACAAGGCUAUAAAUAUACUUCUGAAUUCUGAUGGCUCUCUAAACCAAACAAAACCCAUUCUUAGGCCACUAGAUCCAUUUGAUGUCUUGUGUUUCUGAUAUCAGUUAUUCUUCAUAUCUACAUAUUUAUGUAUAUGCAGUAUCUUUUAGGCAGUGGUAUCUGUACACACAUGCAGUGAGUGUGCCUACUUCAUUGUGUGUGUCCAAACUCCUCUUUUUCACACACAUACAUAACCACAGCACAAAAAUCUUGCUAACCAAGAUCAAGUACAGAAUGGCAGUAAUUUAGUACAUAAAGAGCAGAGCAAAAAUUAAAACAAGCAUCAUGUGACUGCAAAUGCAAUAACCACACAAGAGACAAAAGACAUGACAUUCAUGACUAGUAAACAUUGCAUUGUUAUUGUUAUUUUAGCUUUGCCACAGGCAUGCAGUUUGUUGAAACGGAGAUGCAGAACUUUGCCAGCAAUGAUCCUCUUUUUAUAUCUUUUACCACAGACUUGCAUUUAAACUGGAUUUGGAGCAAGUAAAGAGAAUUUCCUGAAAACUUAGGGCUGACUGCCCCUCUCAUUUGGGGGGAAAAAACAUAAAAGGGGACACACUUCUUCCCACAGCUUGAUGGCUCUCACCUGUGAGGUUAUCUUGUCUUUUCUUUCCUUCAGGCUUAAGAGUUCAAAACUGAUGAGGGCUGUAAAGUUUGGCAAAAGCACAGAAGGUCCUACAAGAAAGUUUAAUGAGGUGUGUCCUGGAGAUUGGAGCAGAGAGGCAGCCCAUCCGUGCAUGUUGCCAGGGCUAUCCUGAGCACUCGAUGGUCCACACUUACUGUAUGAUGAGCCUUUGAGAGCCCAGGACCCAGUUUCCCUGCUCAGCAGCAAUAUUCUCUAGCAUCCACUAUCAGUAUAACUGUUCUCUCUCACACCAGAUGCCUCUCUCAGCCACAAGGUGAUUAUUUUGAUAUCAUUUCUUGCCAUAGAAUGUUAAGACAAUCGUGCCCUUAGUAACAUGCCCAAAGCAACAGUGUAUCAUGAGUGGCAUGUCACAGAUGUGUCCUAUGUGGCCUCAUUUUAUCAAUUGUCCCACCUGUCAUACAGUGCAUCACACAUUUAUUGGUGAUCUCCUGUAUCUCUCCAACUCAUACAUUUUUGCUCUAAAAUCCACUGCUGUGAGGUUUCUGUUUGCAAAAUUAAGUGAUUACAACUCAUUUAUUGGUAUUAUUAAAAUGCAUUUCAUUCGGUGUACUCUCACUCAGCAGUCCAAUGCAUGUCUUCAUGGAUUUUAAAAUCCAGUUUUAAAAUCUGGAAUUAUAGGAGGUAGGUUUCCACUGUGUGGAAUGUGAAUAGUUAAACAGAAAGAUAUGGAUAUUUAAUGUUAUUUUUAAUACAAAUUCUCUUUCACUGAUAAUAGGCAGGGAAUGCUUUCCUUUAAAUAACUUUUUUGAUUUUUUUCCCAGGGGAAAGGGCCAACCUCAGCCAUUGCUGGAAAUUUUGUACUAGCUUGGGUUUCUGUUCAAGAAACCUUAUGUUUUUUCUUUAAUGGGAACACCUUAUGAAUUAUUUUUUUCUUCAUGUAAAGUUGACAGCAAAAUUCACAUUUUCUUUGACAGAGACUGCUAUGUCCCUAACCCCUCAGCUGUUAAGCAAAGCUUCAAACAGUAGUGACUCCUUUAAGUUUUGUUUAGAAUUCUCAAGGAAAAUUGAUAAAAGUAUUCCAAAUCUUUACGUUCUAAAACUGCCUGUGCAUAGAUCAUGACGGAACUCCCCUUGAGGCAGAUCCCCCUCACCCAUGUAAAUUUUUUACAAAGAACUUCUAUGAAUUGCUAGUUAUUGCCUGAGAGUAAGAAAGUUCUGCUAACUUACAAUUAUAUGAGAUAUUUAAUAUCAACCACAAUAUGUAUUUAAAUGUCUGCUUUAUUCUAAAAACAAUGGACUAUAUAACCUAAGGCUGCAGUAUUUUCAUGCUCAGUCUCACAAAGCAAAACUUGGUUUAAAAUGAAGUUUUAAUUAUUUUGUAACUGAAUAGAAUUGGAGUUUUUUCUUCCCAGCAUUUUGUACGUCAUUUUAACUACUAGUAACGAAUAAAUAAAAUAUCUUCUCCAGCCUG